CACUCUGACAGAGAUAUGGCGCAGAGAGCUCUAAACCAGGAAACCAUAACUUGUCCCAUCUGUUUGGAACUGCUGAAGGAUCCAGUGACUCUCCCCUGUGGACACAGCUACUGCAGGGACUGUAUCCAAACCAACUGGGACCAAGAACAGAAGUACAGCUGUCCUCAAUGCAGAGAGACAUUUGUCCCAAGGCCUGCCCUGGUCAAGAGCAUGGUGUUAGCCAAUAUAGUGGAGGAGCUGAGAGAGAAAGAGCUCAGACCGCCCCCUGCUGACCACUGCUAUGCCGGUUCUGGAGAUGUGAGUUGUGAUAUGUGUGCUGGGAGAAAGCUGAAGGCUGCCAGCUCUUGUCUGCAAUGUCUUGUCUCUUACUGUGAGACUCACCUUCAGCCUCAUCGUGAUGUUGCAGUACUACAGAAACACCAGCUGGUGGCGCCCUCUGACAAACUCCAGGAAAACUACUGCUCUCAACACAACGAGGUGAAGAAGCUCUUCUGCCGCACAGAUCAGCAGAUCGUCUGUUACCGCUGCUCUGUGGACCAACACAAGGGCCAUGACACAGUGUCCUCUGCAGCAGAGAGGGCCCAGAGGCAGGCACAGCUGCAGGCCAACAAGCCCCUGCUGCUCCAGAGUCUCCAGCACAAAGAGACUGACCUGAAGAAGCUCCAACAGGACGCCCAGGACAUCAACCACUCUGCCCAGAGGGCACUGCAACAAUGUGGAGACAUGUUCACUCAGAUGAUCCUUAUCCUGGAGCAAAGAUGCUCUGAAGUGGAGCAGCAGAUCCAGGCUGAGUGCAAGACCAAACUGAGUCAAGUUCAAGAGCUCCAAGACCAACUACAGCAGGACAUCGGUGAGCUGAAGAGGACCAUCUCUGAGCUGGACACACUGUUGCUCACACCAGAUCAUAACCACUUUAUAUUGCACUGUCCCACACUGUCCACACCCAUAACGGGGACAGAGUCCAGGGUCCAGACCGGACUAAGGGGGGACUUUGGGGAUGUGACCAGAGCUGUGUCAGUGCUCAGGAGCAAACUGCAGCUCACUCUAAGAGAGUGCAAACUGACUGAACCUGAGCCAUGUACCAGAGAGGACUUCAUCAAAUAUGCACGAGACAUUACAUUGGACCCAAACACAGCAUUCCAAAAACUGAAUCUGUCUAAGGAAAACAGAAGAGUCACAGCUAUGGAUAAAGAUGAGACCUAUCUUGGUCAUCCGCAGAGGUUUGUUGGGUGGUGUCAGGUCAUGAGCAGAGAGAGUCUGACAGGUCGCUGUUACUGGGAGGUAGAAUGGAGUGGAAAAUUUGGUGUUUAUAUAGCAGUGACCUACAGCGACAUAAAGAGACAAGGAACCUUCACUGAAUGUAAAUUUGGGUACAAUGAUAAAUCCUGGGCAGUACACUGUGAGGAAAGCAAAUAUUCAUUUUGGUUCAAAAAUGUUGAGUCUGAGGUCUCAGGUCCAUUUUCGUCCAGAAUCGGGGUUUACCUGGACCACAGCGCAGGGGCUCUGUUCUUCUAUAAUGUUAAGGGUCAGAGCAUGAGCCUCCUCCACAGAGUCCACACCACCUUCACUCAGCCUCAGUUUGCUGUAGUAUUCUUAAGUUGUUCUGGAGACAGUGCCCAUUUCAUUCAACUCAAAUAA